CUCUCUCUCACACACUCAUCACGUGAUCUCUCACACGCCCUUCACUCUCGUUCUCUGAUUUCACGAUACACAACUCCACAACCACAAGCACUCUCAGUCUCUCACCUAGGUCUGGUCACCACCACGCCGUCUCACCGGCCACCACCACGCCGUCCGCCGCACCACCACGCCGUCCGCCACACCACCACUGUCCAGCCGUGCCUCUGGCUCUGCGGUUCUACUUCUACAGUUUCAUAUGUUUCUCAAUUUGCAAUAAGCCAAUAACACUUCCCAGUUCCCAGUGAAACUAUUGAGUGCAUCUAUCAAAUGGGGUCCUGGAUCCGCUACUGACAACACCCCUUCAUGGAUUUGAAACCAAAUCUUUGUUAUAAGAGAAGGUCUUCAACUCCCAAUCCAGUAAUCAAUGAUAGUGAUAACAAAUUUCUCAUUGACUUCAUCUUCACUACUUAUUUGGGACCUGAUGUCAAGUCUGAAAUUCCAAGAUGUUCAGUUCUUCAAAGACCUAUAGCUGAAUUGCCACCAUAUGCAUUGAGUGAUUUAGGACCUUCUCAUGUUAGCAUUUCACUCUUAGAGAGAUUGUACUACUAUCUACUUAGAAAUGCUUCUUCUGACCUUGUCUUGGAUCUCAGCAUGUUGCAUAUGUAUUUGAAGGGAAACUUGUUGUUGCCCAACUAUGGCUUUACUGAGAAUAGUAAACAGUUCACUAGUCUUUUCCCUUUGGACCUUCAUCAACAGAUAUGGUACCCUGAUAGCUUUAGGAUUGUUAAAGGGGUUGUUUUAAUUGAUGAUCCUCUUACAUCAUACAUCAAAGAGGAGGAUUUGAAUAGAUUCAAGUAUUUAACUGGUGUCAAGUCUUUCAAGUUGAAUCUAAGUGAAUGUCUGCGUGUUCGACUACACCCCCGUGCGACCAAGGAAGGUGACGAUAAUUGCAUCAACAAAGGGUCAGAGAGUAGUCCAAAUGAGGGGUGCCAAUCAGGAAAGUUUCAACAGGAGUACAAGAGGAAGUUUAUUGAUGAUGAUACUCUGCCAAUGCCAGAACUCCCUUGUGCCUUCCCUACAAAACAUCACAAUAAGGGAGAUCAUCGUUCCGAGAAGAUGUGCAAAUUUGAUGGGCCUACCAUGAUGCCCUUUCUCUCAAUUCCCGAUGUUGAUGAUUGUAGCCGAGAUUCUUUGAAUUUAACAGGGACAGCCAGAAAAGGGCUAUUUGGCCCAUCUGUUGGUAUUGUGGAUAUUGGUACCAGUAAAGCAGCAUAUCUAUUCCGAGUUUCCUUACCGGGGGUCAGGAAAGAUUGUGGUCAGUUUAGUUGUGAUAUUGAAUCUGAUGGGAGGGUCCACAUCAGAGGGCUGUUAGCUGGCGGAAGAACUAUAACAAAACAAUCGCGUGUUUUUGAGAUGAAAAUCCUGAAGUUAUGCUCUCCUGGACCAUUUACGGUUUCAUUCAGUCUUCCAGGACCUGUUGAUCCAAGACUCUUUGCACCUAACUUCAGGUCUGAUGGCAUUUUUGAAGGAGUUGUGAUCAAGCUCUAGUUAUUUGUCCAAGAGUUAGGUAUCUAACUUUUUGUAAGCAGUUCUAGACUUGGUGGGAAACAAAAUUCUCACAUCAGAAACUAACAAAUUUCUCAAUUUUUUUGUGGGAACCCGGAUUGCAUCAGAUGCAGUUAGUCUACUACUCCAAAGAAUUUGCAUGUGUAUGCAGGGAAGACAUUGAUUUUUUGUGCAUAGGCUAUAAUGCAAAUGGGGAAUUGGCGUUGCUAUUAAA